UGAAAAGCAUGGGCAGCACCAUUUUAUCCCUUCACCUUAUUGUUUCAUCAAUUUUUCUUUUCACUUUCUUGCUGGAACCUGUCCAUGGCACCAAAAAGUGUUACAUAAUAUAUUUGGGAGCACAUUCUCAUGGUCCCAGCCCUACGUCUGUUGACCUUGAAGUUGCUACGUAUUCACAUUAUGAUUUACUAGGUUCUGUUUUGGGAAGCCAGGAGAAAGCCAAAGCAGCAAUUAUUUACUCAUACAACAGACACAUCAAUGGUUUUGCUGCACUUCUUGAAGAGGAAGAAGCAGCAGAUAUUGCAAAAAACCCAGAUGUAGUGUCUGUGUUCUUGAGCAAAGAACAUAAACUACACACUACUCGGUCAUGGGAAUUUCUUGGACUACGCAGAAAUGCUGGGAACACUGCUUGGCAAAAGGGAAGAUACGGCGAAAAUACAAUAAUCGGCACCAUUGACACAGGUGUUUGGCCUGAAUCCAAGAGCUUCAGUGAUACAGGAUUCGGCCCCAUUCCAUCAAAAUGGGGUGGGGGUAAGGUCUGUGAAAUUAACAAACUGCGUGGUUCCAAGAGAAAUCCUUGCAACAGGAAAUUAAUUGGAGCUAGAUUCUUCAGCAAAGCUUAUGAAGCAUAUUAUGGCAAGCUUCACCAAUCGCAAUACACAGCCCGUGACUUUGUAGGCCAUGGUACUCAUACUCUAUCAACAGCUGGUGGAAAUUUUGUGGCAGGUGCAAGUGUAUUUGGUAAUGGUAAUGGCACAGCAAAGGGUGGAUCCCCAAGAGCUAGAGUUGCAGCCUACAAGGUGUGCUGGUCUCCAACCGAUGCAGCUAGUUGUUUUGGUGCUGAUGUGUUAGCUGCUAUUGAUCAAGCCAUUAGUGAUGGUGUUGAUGUUAUUAAUCUUUCUGCUGGUGGUCAAUACCUUGUCACUCCUGAAGGAAUAUUCACUGAUGAGGUUUCUAUUGGUGCAUUCCAUGCAAUUGCCAAAAAUAUAUUAUUAGUAGCCUCUGCAGGGAAUGAUGGACCAACUCGUGGAAGUGUUGUUAAUGUGGCUCCCUGGGUAUUCACAAUUGCUGCUAGCACUUUAGACAGGGAUUUCAGCGGUACUAUAACUGUUGGUAACAAUCAAAUCAUGGGGGCCAGUCUUUUUGUAAACUUGCCACCUAAUCAAGCCUUUUCUCUUAUCCUUGCCAUCGAUGCUAAGCUUGCUAAUGCGACAAAUCGAGAUGCUCAACUAUGUAGGGCUGGAACACUUGAUCCUAGAAAAGUAAAUGGGAAAAUAGUGGCAUGUACCCGAGAAGGAAAAAUAAAAUCAGUUGCUGAGGGUCAGGAAGCACUAUCUUCUGGCGCAAAGGGAAUGGUUUUGGGCAAUCAAAAGCAAAAUGGGAACACACUUCUUGCUGAACCUCAUGUUUUGUCCACUAUAAAUUAUAUGCCUAAGGCUAGAUCACCUACGAAGCCUCCAGCUAGUCGUGAUUAUGCUAUAACUUCAACACCUAGUGAUUUUGACAUAACAGCCACGGAUCCUAUAGACACAGGUGCUUCAAUAAGAAUGUCCCCAGCAAAGACAUUGCUCGGAAGAAGGCCAGCUCCAGUUAUGGCUUCAUUUUCAUCUAGAGGACCCAAUAGGAUUCAGCCAUCAAUACUCAAGCCUGAUGUAACUGCGCCCGGUGUGAACAUACUUGCUGCGUAUUCACUCGUUGCAAGUGCAUCCAACUUGCUAUCAGACACUCGUAAAGGGUUUCCAUUCAAUGUAUUGCAAGGAACUUCCAUGUCAAGCCCUCAUGUCGCUGGCAUUGCUGGACUUCUCAGAACACUUCAUCCUAAUUGGAGUCCAGCUGCUAUUAAAUCAGCAAUCAUGACCACAGCAACCAAACUUGACAACACAAACAAGCCAAUAAGGGAUGCGUUUGAUAAAAAGCUUGCAACUCCGUUUGCUUACGGUUCAGGACAUGUUCGACCUGACCUUGCAAUAGACCCUGGACUUGUUUAUGAUCUAACCCUUACAGAUUACUUGAACUUCUUAUGUGCUUCUGGAUACGAUCAACAACUCAUUUCUGCACUCAAUUUCAACAGAACAUUCAUCUGUUCUGGAUCUCACAGGGUAACGGACUUGAACUACCCUUCAAUCACCCUGCCAAAUCUUGGGUUAAAACCCGUAAACAUUACUCGUACGGUGACAAAUGUUGGGCCUCCAAGUACAUACAAUGCAAAAGCUCAAUUGCCGGCUCAUAACAUUGCUGUUGUACCAAAUUCCUUGACUUUUAAGAAAGUAGGUGAAAAAAAGACAUUCCAAGUAAUUGUGCAAGCAAAGAGUGCAAUUAAGCGUGGAGAAUAUCAAUUCGGAGAUUUGCAAUGGACAAACGGAAAGCACGUAGUGAGGAGUCCUAUUACCGUUAAGCGCAAAUGAAAAUUACCCUUGUGUUUAUUAGGAUAUCGUAUUAUUGUCGAUGCAUAUUUAAAUGUGAGUUUGACUGUAGGAUAUCUUAUGAUAUAUAUGAUGAUUGUGUUCGGUUUUUUCUUUCUUUUUCGUUGUUUGAGUAUCGUAGUAAUGUAUGUUUAGUAAUAAGGAAGAUGU